GUGUGCCCCUAAUGACAGGUGUGGGGGAAGGACGGGGUGGGGUGCGGGUCAUGCUGGGACAGGAUAAGCUGGCCAGGAUCAGCGAGCUGCUCUACCACGAGGAGGCAGCUCACGAGGCUGCCCACACCCUCGGUGGCCACGACACACUUGGUCCCCCACCUGAUUUUGUCUUACAGGAGGCAGACACGGUGCUCAAGACGCAUGAUGAUCUGCGCAACUUUUGGCGUAAAUACCACCACGUGCAGUUGGAGCGUCUUGCUCUGCGCAGUGAAGGGGAGGUCCUACGACAAGAGGGACGACAUUUGCGGGGCCUCCUGAAGAAGUACUUUGUGUCCUUGGGAGUGACGGACGCAGCACUGUCCCAGUCGGCAGCCCCGGUCACUGUAUCACACCUCAACCUCAGCCACAACCAGCAAGACCCAAGACACCCAUCACGGAGACGGUCGCAUUCAGUCCCUGUGGGUGGUGUUGGCUGCAUUCCUACAGUGCAUGGUGACUCGAAGGGGGCUUCCAAGAUGAGGGAGGUGGUGGCCGUGCAAGAGGCCCAUCUGCUGGUGCGCUCCGCUGCCCUCCACUCUCUCCCCAGACUCCGUACAUGCUGACUUCUCACUCUCUGCCUCUACUUGUUUGUCAACUCCUGGAAUAUUAUAAACCUAUUAAGGUAUGUGUUUGUGUUUUCUUACUACUGUACGUACUGGAGAGGAGCACAAUGAGCCAAUCAGUGGCAAAGAGGUUAAAGGUAAAGGCAACAAUUCAAGAAUACUGAACAAAUGAACAACAUAAAAAUUAUCGCAAUGUGAAUGAGGAGCAAACACCUUAAAUUUUCCCCUUGAAUGUUUCUCUGGCAGAAAAACCUGUUAUGUCUGUGUUCUCCAGCCAUAGUGCGUUUUUUCCCAGCUGAGAAGAGAUGCCCCGCUCCCUCCUCAAGAGUUACAGCUGAUUGGCUGUUGCAAAUCUGUCCGAUUUAUUAUAGUCCAGUGACCAGCAUCUAUUACGAAACACCCUGGUAAAUGACUGCCAACAUAGUUUUAUGCCUGGACGCUUCUUCUUGACAUAAUUAAAGAUGCUGAAUGGUUAGACUCAAAUUCUGGAACAUGGUAGCAAAAUCAACAAUAUAUUGUAUAUCUGUUCUUUGCCAAGGCAUUCAACAGUGUACCCCAAUGAAAGGCUGAGAAUUAAACUGGAAGGGUAUGGGAUUCGCCUGUGUAUAAAAUCAGUCAUUACAAAUAGACAAACAUCCUAUCUUCAAUUAGUACUGUUAUUAUACAAGUAUAAUUCAAGAAUAUACUGUACAUAAAUUAUGUAUGUUGUCUAACUAAUAAAAUGUGCAUGUGUAUGA